AUGCAAACUGAACACAGUUCCCGAACCCAGUCAUCAGCCCAGGUUUUUGAUGACCGGCCAAGUAUAAAUACAGAGAGCGGCAUACCCACCCCUGUUACCAGUGUACCGACCAUACACGAUGCAGGCCCCUCAAUAGACCCUCCUAUUCAACUCCGAGCGAGAGAUGAAGGGGAGAAGGCUCUCCUGCAAGCGUUCUUCGACUCAAAAGAUGCGACAAAAUGUACUUUCCUGCAUGCCCCAACAAUCAUGGCUGAAUGGAAAAGAGGUGGACUUGACCAUGUACUCGUCAAGACCAUGUGCGCCACAGGCCUUGGUGGAGGGAACUGCAAAGCCGGAGAUCGUGAACGAGUUGCAUCGUGGUUCCGCGAUGCCCAGGCAGUAGUUUUGUCGCGUCUUGGAACCCUGUCACUUUCACGACUCCAGGCACUUGUUCUCAUCAUUCACUAUCACUACGAGAAUGGCGACACGAUCGAGGCGUGGAAUCUUCUGGCUGUAGCUGCUAGGCUGGGAUUUACACUGAAGCUGAAUCACGAGCGUAGCGCACUCAAUCCGAUCGCCCAAGAGUCUGGAAGAAGAUUAAUGUGGCACAUUUACCUUUUUGAUCGUAUUUUCUCCGGCGGCCUGGAAGAUUUGGAAGUCUGUCCGGUCGGUAGAAUGCUUCAUCUCCGCCUCCCUUCCGAGGAUCGUAGUUUCGAGCGUGGCAUGCCGUCUCGAGCGCAAUAUCUAUUUCACAAAGAGUCAGAAAACUCAGGUCACUUGGACAUGGAUCUGUAUUCAUACAUUCUUCGAAUUUAUGCAUCUCGUGACCGAAUAUUGAGAUAUACGAAGAGGAUCUGUCGAGAAGGAGCGUGUCCCAUACAGAGCAAGAGUGAGCUCUCCGCGCUGGAGAAAGAGCUGACGAUAUUUGGGGAGUCACUCCCCGCAGACAUUCAGCUCAACUCGGGCAGGAUAUCGCUCAUGGCCCAAUCUCGAGAUUCUUCAGGCUACAUCCGUCUUCAUACAGUCUGGCUACAGUGCUACAUCGAUCUAUACAGAUUCCUGGUUCCAGGGAUCCGCGAGUCGGUCUCGCGAGACGUGAUAACUGAUACGCCUGACGAAUAUGUGUCAUAUUGCCAACACAGUGUCCUUACUCGAAUUGUCCAACUUUUCGAUUUCUGGUCCGAGUUCUUCAAAAAGUGUGAGAAUGAGCCAGUAAAAGACAUAUAUUUUGCAGUGUCACUCUACCAGGCUUCUCAAAUAAUUGACAACCUUCAGCAUCUGCUUCUGCCAAAUAAUUCUUUUGGGGACAUUAACGAUAUUAGGGAGAAGCUCCAGGGGGCAUCGGACGUGGUAUAUCCAGAGCUGCGAGGAAAGUUUCCUAGAAUGAAAGAGUGCCUUCGCGAAAUUGGGAGAGUCAUCCGCACAUUGGGACUAACACAACCGACGAACCCUUCUCUUCACCAGCGAAAGGAGACUCAAAAGGACAAGUACCACUUGAUCUCAAGGGGAUCUGUGAUACCGCGUGAGUCUGAAUCAGAUGAGGGGAGUGACCCUCCCCAUCAGGAUUCUGGUUUCAAUAAUCAACAAGAAUUAUCAAUGCAAUCAUGGGGCAGUAACGACAUCACAGGGGGAAGCCAUACGUUGAUCUUGAGAGACGACGCUCCAAUCACUGGAUCGCAACAUAAUGAAGAUUCCAUAUAUGAUACUACAGCCAAUAUGAGAUCUACAUUUAAUGAAUUUGAGUUGGAGUCUGAGCCAUUAGAUCCAGGCCUAGGGCCCUGGGAU